GGAUUAAUAAAAAAAGAAUCAGAAGGACAAUACAAAGGAAUUGAGUGGAGGAUCGUGAAAUGAGUAAAGCACAAAAAUCAGAAUUGCAAAAUAUUCAACUUCAAAAGACUAUUACUGAACACAAGAAUCAUGAUAUACAGUGUAAGGAAUUGUGUAACAUGCAACGCAAAGCUACUAAAAUGUCACUUUAUAAGCGAAUGCAUAUGGAAUCUCAAGAAGCAGAACUUGAAGCAAACAUAAGCAUGGCUAAGACAGAACAAUCGAGACAAAUCGCUUUGUUAGAACAGGAGCAAAAGAUGGCACAAACAAUGGCAGAAUUAAAACGAAAGGAAUUGGUUGAAAAAAAGAACGAACAAUGGGCGUAUGAAAACUGUCACGAACUUCGACAUUUAGAAAAACAAAUAAGAACUGCAUAUGCAAAAAAGGAAUUGUUGGCUCAAAUCAAAGAAAAGGAAGCAAAAAAAAUAGAAGCCAAAGUACAAGAUUAUUAUGACGAUUUGAAAAUCAUAGAAGUCAACGAGAUUGAAAAACGAAUGGAAAAAGAACUUAGUGUGAAGCAACAUGAAUCCAAGUUGAUUUAUAAAAAACAACUUGAGAAACAAUGGGCAGAUACAAUGAAUGAAAAAAACGCUCAGAAGGCUAUUCAAAUGCAUUGCCCAUUAAAUUUUGGAAAUUCAGAAACUAAUUCCAAAGAAGAUAAAAUAUUACAAAUGAAGAAUUUUAAAAAAGAAAUAGAUGAAUGUGUACGAUUAAAAAAUGAAUUUAAAGAAUAUGAACAAAAUCAAAUAGACAUGACGGAAAAGUAUAUCCAAAACUUCUUAGAGUAUAAAAAACGUAGAUCUGAUGAAUUGUCAAGUGAAAAAAAGAUAAAACAAGAACAACGUCACAAAACUUAUGAAAAUGUUGCUAACAAUUUAGUAUCCUUAAUGACAGAUAAAUCAGAAAAUAUAGACAAGAAAAUUAUGUUGCAAGAAGAAGAACAAAAAAUUGAAGAUUGGAUAAAACAAAAAGCGGAAUAUGACAACAAAAUAAAUCAACGUAAUGCGUUAAUUAAGGAAAAUAAUGCACAGCUUCUUAUUAAAGAGGAAAAAGAAGUCAAACAAAAAAAACAAGAUAAAAAUUUGGCCGAAUACUUUUUAAAGAUUUACGAGGAAAAAAAUAAACACGAAGAAAUAAAAAAUGAUAAUAAACAAAAAGCAAGUAUCCAAUACGGAAAAGAAUUAAAGGAGAUGAUAGACAAGAAACAUUUUGAAAAUAAAGAACUUUGGAUUAAAAAACAGAGUGAAUAUAUAGAGGCUAUUAAAUUAGAACAACAAAGAUUGAAAGAGAUCGAAAGUAAACAAAAAAACAUAGUCAAACAACAUGAAGCUACUUUACUUGGCUUUUUACCACCAAGCUUAUUAACCAAUAAUUCACUUUAA